UUUCCCCACAUCCACAGAACCACUGACAGCGCUCGAUGCAGAGAGCACCAGUCGGAUGAUCAUCCUCAUCGUGGUGUCCGUGCUCGUCGUUGCUGCCGCCGUUGCCAUCUGGCUGAUGUGGCGCAGAAGUCGCCGGGGACUUCCAGGCCGACCUAACGGCCAAGUCGCGCGUCCCCCCGCGGGGACUGAGGACCUGUCCACGGUACUACAGAACCCGGGCUUCAUCUCCAGUAGUCCCGAGAGCGAACAGUUGUCUGGACUGCCGAUCAGAUUGGUAGAAGGUGACGCUGAGGAUCCCACGGUUUACCACGAACUUCACACCUCGUCACCGAGUCCGAACGAAGAGCUCAUGAACGAGUUUUACCCGAUAGAAAUUCCAGAGGAUGACAGAGGAUGAUUCCAAGAAGUCAUUAGUAUUUAUCUGAGUUUAUUUAAGUCUUAAUUUACGGGCAUCAGACCCGUAGAAAGAGAACAUACAACUACACGUACAGUGAACCCGUUUCAAAGAACUUGCAGUACAGCGAAGAAGCACUUGAGAGAUGAUUUUCCUUAAUGGAAUAGUUUUGCGCAACUGGAUAAUUUGGAUGCAUUAGCUUGUUUGAGCACAAAUGUACAAUAAAGGUCAUUCAUUCAUUCAUUAUAUACCCUGGCAGGCCUUAAGGCGUUAAACAUUAAAUGGUAUCUGGCACUGUAACAGAAGUUAUUGGUUUGUUGUCGCGUUUUUGUAAUACAUGGUGGAUCAUGCAGGUCGUGGUCUUUGAUGGCUUUUAUGUUGAAGUAUUUAAAUUUGUCUAAAGAUAUCUUGCAAGAAUAUAUUGCUGGUUACAAAGUAAGAUAUUGUAUGUCUAUUGCUUGUUUGUAAGACACUACCCACUGUAUGAAUGUAACGCACGUGUAUACUGGGUGCAUAAUGGCAGAGGACUUUGCCGAAAGAAAAGCCCAUGUUGAGAUAACCUUAGUGUCAUGGACUGGUGCUACCGUUAGCGGUAUAUUUUCUGGAUAUACCGAAUGAUUGGUACUUGGCGCAAUUGUUUUAUGAUGUCGUUGUUUCUAUCAUUGUGUUUCAAAUAAAUGUGUAACAGUAAUGUUUAAAAGCUUACUAUUGCAUGUAUGUCUUCUUUCAGCGAGUUGUAGUAGAUACUGGUGCCUCUUUCUUUCUGUGACUGCAAAAUUUCAAUACAGUUGUUUCUUGUCUUUAGAAACGCAUCAUGAAGCUAUAUUGACAAACCCGUGCUGUCACGUUUUGCUAACUUGACCUGGCUUAUACACGCAAUGGGUGUGAUAGAACCACCAGACUUCCUUUCACCACAACACAAAAGACAUUUUACACCCAGCAUAACACAACAGAGCUAGGUAAUGUUUCAAUACCCACCACAAAGUCAUGACUCCAGACGUGAUACAGUGACUGCAAGCAACUCAACAGAGUUUUCAUGCUGAUAAUCGUUGAUAUCUUCGAGGAGAGAUGGACUUCAGACUACUAAAAUCGUUUAGAUGUAGAUGGGCAAUCAUGAUGAACUUGCCAUUUUUGCUGGGUUUCCUAAAUAUUGCAAGCUGUUUGCCAGAAGGGAUGGAGACAACAUUGGCAGGACCAAAUACUACAGCCAUAAGCACCAAUACAACUGAAGUACCGUACCACUACAAUGGAUGGGCAUCAUACGGCACUAAAGUGAUAUUCCCUACGGUAGCCUGUGUUGUGCUGGGGUUAGGGAUGUGGAUGGCAUGGGCGAAGCGCCGUCACGAAAACCGCCGAAUGCGUCGCGACAACCAGUACGAGGUGCCCGAACAAAACCGAACAGCCGAGCACCACGACGAGUUGGGAGCCUCGCCCGAUGGCCACCCGAUCGCUCUGAACAACUUUGAAUACAUUCAGAUGGAGGAACAACCCAGUCCUCAACAAUCUCCAAGAACUCUUGCUCGUCUCACAAGCGUCUCCACGUAAAACUGAAUACUUGAGAGGUCUACAUAUGCUUGUACCAUCCAAUACGUUUAUGCAGUAGUACUUCGUAAUUGCCAUGAAAAGUAUAUCCAUUUUCAGAAAAUAACUAUAAGGUUAUGACUGAAUUUCCAACUCGGUAUGGACCAGCGCUAUUCAUGGCAUUGGAUCCAAUUUCCCGAGGGAAAUUCUAUCUAAUUUCAGGUGAUAUAAAAGGAUUAAGAAAAAUCAUAACAAGGUAAAUUUGACAAGACCUUAGCACACUCAGAUAAAUCUAUGCAUAGAUUUACAAAAUGGUAAGCUAUAUCCGUUGCAUUUGAUGAAAUAUACAAUGCGUGAAAAAAGAACUGUACUGUGUACAUCUGAAAGCAAAAUAUAAUCUUUAUCAAACCACCUGUUGAUAUGGAUAUGUGACCUCUUUACGUCAGUGUGUCAUUAAAAGAAACGGAACUC